AUUGCAACCGCAUAUAUAAAGGAAAUCGCCCCACGUGACUUCCUUUCUGCUUGAAGCCGCCAUUAUGGACGCCAGUCGCGUGCAACCCAUCAAGCUCGCCAGAGUAACCAAAGUUCUGGGAAGAACGGGCUCCCAGGGUCAAUGUACCCAGGUGCGAGUUGAAUUCAUGGAUGACAGCAACCGAUCCAUCAUCCGCAAUGUGAAGGGCCCAGUGAGGGAGGGCGACGUGCUCACCCUGCUGGAGUCUGAGAGGGAAGCUCGCAGGCUGCGCUGAGAUAUCAGCUCUCAGCUCUGUGGGUCCCAUUCUGCCAGGUCUAAAAAUGGCGAAACCUUAAGCUUAACCCAGUGGAGAGUAACACAAAGGAGAGUAACACAAAAGAGUACCACAGAAGAGAGUAACACAGAAGAGAUACAUUUUACGGUCGUUUCAAAUGCUGAUAUGUACAGUUUGACAAUAAACAUGAUUGGAAAUUCA